GGCGCGCGCGCACCAUUGUGUGGCUGGACUCGGCCGCCGCUGCGGUGUGAGGCGCGUGUUCGGGCUCUCGCCGUCCCCGCACCCGCACCGCGGCUCCUGCUUUGCGGUCAGCCGUUCGACGCCAGCCUUCGGGCCCCUCGCCCGCCACAGACAUGCCGCGCGUCUACAUAGGACGCCUUAGCUACAACGUCCGGGAAAAGGACAUCCAGCGCUUUUUUAGCGGCUAUGGCCGUCUCCUCGAAAUAGACCUCAAAAAUGGGUACGGCUUCGUGGAGUUCGAGGACUCCCGCGACGCCGACGACGCCGUUUACGAACUGAACGGCAAAGAGCUCUGCGGCGAGCGCGUGAUCGUGGAGCACGCCCGGGGCCCGCGCCGCGAUCGCGACGGCUACAGCUACGGAAGCCGCAGUGGUGGAGGUGGAUACAGCAGUCGGAGAACCUCUGGCAGAGACAAAUAUGGACCACCUGUUCGUACAGAAUUCAGGCUUAUUGUAGAAAAUCUUUCUAGUCGUUGCAGUUGGCAAGAUUUAAAGGAUUUCAUGAGACAAGCAGGUGAAGUAACCUAUGCGGAUGCUCACAAAGAACGCACAAACGAAGGCGUGAUUGAGUUUCGUUCCUACUCUGACAUGAAGCGUGCUUUGGAUAAACUGGAUGGUACAGAAAUAAAUGGCAGAAAUAUCAGGCUCAUUGAGGAUAAACCACGAACGAGCCACAGGCGGUCUUAUUCUGGAAGCAGAUCAAGGUCACGGUCUAGAAGAAGGUCACGAAGUAGGAGUCGCAGGAGCAGCCGCAGUAGAUCUCGAAGUAUCUCAAAAAGUCGCUCCAGAUCCAGGUCUCGGAGCAAAGGUCGAUCACGUUCUCGAUCAAAAGGCAGGAAAUCCAGAUCAAAAAGCAAAUCUAAGCCCAAGUCUGAUCGGGGCUCCCGUUCACGCUCUCGGAGCAGAUCUAAGGAGUAUGAGAAAUCUCGAAGCAGGUCUCGUUCUCGAUCUCGUUCCCCCAAAGAAAAUGGAAAAGGUGAUAUAAAGUCAAAAUCUAGAUCAAGGAGCCAGUCUCGUUCAAAUUCACCCCUACCUGCUCCACCCUCAAAGGCACGUUCUGUGUCCCCUCCACCAAAAAGAGCUUCAAGAUCCCGUUCUAGAUCUCGUUCAAAGUCGAGGUCACGGUCCAGAUCGAGUUCCAGAGAUUAACUUAGAACUCUACAUUCUUUGCACACUAUUAUGGAACACUUUCCUACUUGCUUAAGCAGUUACUCUUCCAUGUUUGUACUUGGCCUCUUUGCAAGAGGAAUCUCCUGAAAACAGGGGCACACAGAAAUUUGAUUUGUGGCCAAAUUUGAUGAAAAAGAUGAGGUUCUAAAGAAAUGGUGGCAUGAAGUCAAAGAUCCUCUCCCUUCUUUGUAGAAUUAAGAUAACUUUGAUUUUAUAGCUUUUGAGCUAAAAUAACUUUUGUAAAGAUUAAGCUCAUUUAGAUUUUUUUUAAGUAUUUCAGCAGGAUCUGCUGCAGGGGUUUUGUUGUUUUGUUUGCUUACUUUUAAAUUAACCGUUUCAAGCUUUGAAUACCUAAGGCUUUAGAGGGAGAACCCAAUUUUCAAUUAUGUUGGCUUUUUAUAAGCUUGAGUUAUGUAAGAUUUCAAUAAAAAUUUGCUACCAAGAUAAUUGCCUUACUGAAUAGGUCACUAUUAAAUUCCUUUAAAUAUUGGUAAUCUACUCUUUGUGGAAACAAUGUAAAUUCAAAGUGUAAAAGAAGGCAAGCCUCAGACCAGCAAUAAAUUAUUGGAUUUGGAUAACA